CUUCUCUCCAGCCGCACGUCUUCAGCGGGCUCCUCUGGGCCACCGUACACACACACUAUUGCAGGAAAACGCUUUCCAGUUGCGAAUGAGAAGAACGUAAUAUAUCCAUAGACUAGCCCACAAAAACGUUUUAAUUCAGCUGCUUUAACCGUGUGUGAUCAUGACAGAGUACUCACACGUAAAGUCCUCCAAACUCGUCCUAAGAGGAUUAAACGAUAAAAACGUUAAUAUUAAAUGGCCUGCACCUUCCAUAUUGUGCAGAAAGAAGAAAAAGAACAAGGACAAGAAGAGAAAACGAGAUGAUGAUGAAGAUAAGAUGGAUAUCGUUGGAGGCUGGUGGUCAGUGAAGAGUUUUGGUGAGAUCACAGGAACAGUGGCCAUUGAGAUGCACAAAAACUCCUACAUUCAUGCAAUGGACACUGGACUCUUCACUGUAGGAGCUCCACAUAAAGAUGAUGAAGGCCCAGAUCCUCCAGAACAGUUUACUGCCAUUAGACUCUCAGACUCCAGGAUAGCACUAAAGUCAGGCUACGGGAAGUAUUUUGGUAUAAACUCAGACGGUGUUGUGGUUGGUCGAUCAGAUGCCAUCGGCUCCAGGGAGCAGUGGGAACCAGUGUUUCAGGAUGGUAAAAUGGCCUUGCUUGCUGCAAACAGUUGUUUCAUCUCGUACAGUGAGAGUGGGGACAUAGUGGCCAAAAACAAGACAGCUGGAGAGGAGGAGAUAAUCAAGAUCCGUUCAUGCACAGAAAGAGAGGUGAAGAGAAAAGACGAUAUAGCAGAUGAAGACAGGGGUGAUGUCAAGAACUGUGAGGUCAACUAUGUGAAGAAGUUCCAGAGUUUCCAGGAUCGGAAGCUGAGGGUGAAUGAGGAAGACAGCAGUUUGCUGAAAACAGCCAGAACAGAUGGAAAAUUCCAUGAGGCACUGCUAGACAGGAGAGCCAAGAUGAAGGCUGACAGAUACUGCAAGUGAAUCCAGAAGUGCUUUUUUUUUCUUCUUCAUCGAUUAAAUUUUACAUUGGCAUGGAAUCACUGCCUUUUUUUUAAUAUAAUAAACCUAGUCACUUUUCACAAGAAAAUGUUUUGUUGUUGUUGUUUUUAGAUAUCUAAUAACAAUAUAACUUAUAGGCUAAGUAAUCUGUUAAAUGA